UUUUUGUUUCCUGGCCACAUGCCAUUGUUCCCCGACCCACUACCCACUGUAAAAUGAGUCUCUCCAUUUUCGUGCCCAUCGACCACUGGCAUUGUUGCCGAUUCAAUUUCGACUUUUUCUGGGUCAAAGUGGCCAUGGGCCUCGCUGAGGAUGCCGAGGCUGUAUGUAGUAGUACCUACGGCGUCUUUAUAGUCGGUUUGUUGCAUGUUGUGUUUCCUCACGUAUAUCUACGUUUUUUGCCCCUUGCCUUCCAAAGGUUGACUGUCCACUGAUGACGCUGACCAACUGAACUGUCUUUUUUUUGUUCCUUUUGCCAUCGUCGACUUUACUUCGCUUUUCCUUUUGAUACUAGUACACGUACCUCUUCUGUUUAAGAGAUAGAGAAAGAUAUACAAGCAGUGCCACCAGCCUGAAUCGAAUCUUAUAUUGCAGAUCGCGAAGAAGAACAGAACAUACACGCCAGACGAUCUGAACCACAACCACAGAAGCAGCAAGCAACGCAACCACAGCAGCAGCAAUACGGAGUCUGUCCCAGAUCCUGUCCCUCAAUAACCUACCUACGUCCUCCCCCAUCUUGUUUUCUACAAUGUCGUCACCACAACCACAACCACAAGACCGGGCCAACAUGCCCUGGACGCCCUCGAGCCCCGAACUAGCCUCCGUCCGCACCGCGAUCAUCAAACUCCUCAAGCAACCGAGCUACGACGACGGGAGCGCCGGACCCAUAUUAGUCCGCCUAGCCUGGCACAGCGCGGGCACCUACGACGCGGCCACCAACACAGGCGGCUCGAACGGCGCCGGGAUGCGGUACGAAAAAGAAGGCGGCGACCCGGCCAACGCAGGACUCCAACACGCGCGCGCAUUCCUGGAACCGAUCAAGCGUCAAUUCCCCUGGAUCACCUACGCCGACCUCUGGACACUAGCGGCCGUGGUCGCAAUCAAAGAGAUGGGCGGACCCGAGGUAUCCUGGCGCGGCGGCCGGACCGACUUCACCGACGACAGCAAAUGUCCCCCUCGGGGCCGGUUGCCGGACGGCUCCAAGGGGGCCGAUCAUCUACGCUGGAUCUUCUAUCGCAUGGGCUUCAACGACCAAGAAAUCGUGGCUUUGUCGGGGGCUCACAACCUAGGUCGCUGCCACUCGGACCGCUCGGGCUUCGAGGGUAAAUGGGUCAAUAACCCCACGAGGUUCAGUAACAUGUACUUUAAACUCCUAAAGAUGCAUGAUUGGAAGAAGAAGAAACUGGCAAAUGGACUCGAACAAUUCGUCUACGUUGAUAAAGAUUUGGAAAGUGAUGAAGCAGAAGACGAUCCUCCAGAGGAACUGAUGAUGUUGCCGACCGAUAUGGCUUUGCUGCACGAUCCGUCUUUUAGGGUCUGGGUCGACAAGUAUGCCGAGGACAAAGACCUGUUUUUCCGCGAUUUCGCCGCCGUCUUUGCAAAGUUGCUUGAACUGGGGAUCCAGCGCGAUCAAUAUGGCAGGGUCAUUAACCAGGAUAAUCUUGAUGGCGGAUACAAGAGUGCCCCGAAGAAACCGGACCAUGCUACACAUCCUGCUGACCAGAAUCCGGGCCAGAUAGGUCAUGAGGCCGCGCCACUGAGGGAGAAGAAUCUGAAGUCAAAGUUGUAAAGCACACGAAGGAGGAUCAAAUCUAGACAGGGAAGAAAUGGCGCAGUAGAAAGUGAGCGAGCUUAGAGGGAUAUUGUAUCUAGUAUGCCCAUUUUUUGAUUUAUUUUGUGGUUUUAGGGAUUGUUUUUGUAAUAAUAAAGGAUACUAGUAUAUACACAUACACCUGUGCAUAUGAGUAUUAUCCUCCACUCC